AUGCCGGAGCUCAGCCCCCGGCUGCCACGGCCGGCGUGCCCGGCCCUGGCACUGCCUCGGCCGCCCCCCAAGGCUCCGGUUCGCAGCAUGGAUAAGUGGGAAGACGGGAGAGACUUCGCGUUCACAUGUUCGCGUGACAAAGCUGGUGGGCUCCCCGGCGAGGGUGGGCUCCAGCCCCGUGCCCGCAGCGUUCGUGGUUUCCUGCAGCGCGUGAGUGACCGGCUUCUAAUCAAAGGAGGAAAAAUUGUCAACGAUGAUCAGUCGUUUUAUGCAGACGUUUACGUGGAAGAUGGUUUAAUAAAACAAGUUGGAGAAAACCUGGCGGUUCCUGGUGGUGUAAAGACGAUUGACGCCUACGGCCAGCUCGUGAUGCCAGGGGGGAUUGACGUCCACACCAGGCUGCAGAUGCCGGCCAUGGGGAUGGCCUCUGCCGACGGCUUCUUCCAAGGCACGAAGGCAGCCCUGGCAGGAGGAACCACGAUGAUCAGUGUGAACUCCUUCCUGGUUUUCAUGGCCUACAAGGACAAGCUCCAGUGCACCGAUGCCCAGAUGUAUGAAAUAUUCUGCGUUAUUCGAGACCUGGGGGCCAUUGCCCAAGUGCAUGCUGAGAACGGAGACAUCAUCGACGAGGAGCAGAAGAGGCUGCUGGAGCUCGGGAUAACCGGGCCGGAAGGGCACGUCCUGAGCCGCCCCGAGGAGGUGGAAGCGGAGGCCGUGUACCGCGCCAUCACCAUCGCCAAGCAGGCCAACUGCCCCCUGUACGUCACCAAGGUCAUGAGCAGAGGUGCCGCGGACGUGUUGGCGCGAGCGAAGAGGAAGGGCGCAGUGGUCUACGGGGAGCCCAUCACCGCCAGCCUGGGCGCCGACGGGUCGCACUACUGGAGCAAGAACUGGGCCAAAGCCGCAGCCUUCGUCACGUCCCCCCCCAUCAGCCCGGACCCCACCACGCCCGACCACCUCGGCUCCCUGCUGUCCUGCCCGCGGUUGCAGCCCUGUGGGUCCUCACACCACACGGUCACGCGGGCGUGGGGCCGGGGCUGCUGCGCGCUGCUGGGCGCGUCUCCGGGGAUGGUCCUCCUUCCCUGCCCUCCCCAGGUCCCCGGGAAGAUGGACGAGAACGAGUUUGUAGCGGUGACCAGCACCAAUGCUGCCAAGAUCUUCAACUGCUACCCCAGGAAGGGGCGCGUCGCUGUGGGCUCCGACGCAGACCUGGUUUUGUGGAACCCCAAGGCAACCAAAAUCAUCUCGGCAAAAACCCACAAUCUGAACGUGGAGUACAACAUCUUUGAAGGCACAGAGUGCCACGGGGUUCCUACCGUGGUCAUAAGUCAAGGAAGAGUUGUUCUUGAGGAUGGAAACCUGUUUGUCACCCAGGGGUCAGGCCGCUUCAUUCCGAGAAAGACGUUCCCUGAUUUUGUUUAUAAAAGGAUAAAGGCAAGAAACAGGCUGGCCAAGGUCCACGGCGUCCCCAGAGGGCUCUACGACGGGCCAGUCCACGACGUCAUCGCCAGCGCCAAGGCCGUGGCCCCCACCGCGGCCUCCAGGAUCGCGCCCUGCGCGGGCAAAGCCCAGGCUCCUCCCGUGCGCAACCUCCAUCGGUCGGGGUUCAGCUUGUCAGGGUCGCAGGCGGACGACCACGUUGCCAGACGCACGGCUCAGAAGAUCAUCGCCCCGCCGGGUGGACGCUCCAACAUCACCUCGCUGUCCUGA